AUGAAUGUUUCAGUUAUGAGUCAUCUUCUAAGCUUUCUUUUUAUCACAAAUGCAACUUGCGUGUUUGGAAUCUAUUAGACUAAAUAUACGUCACAAUGUUUUUAUUCUUUCAUAAUAUAUUUUUUGAAAAACCUACAAAUAGAGAGUUAUUUAGUGUGCCUCGGCAUUAUAGCUAGAUCUGUUAUUCAAUGGAUUCUCAAACUCACCAGCUUCACUUCCUCUUGAUUCCUUUAAUGGCACAAGGCCACAUGAUCCCAAUGGUAGAUACGGCGAGAUUAUUGGCACAGAGGGGUGUCAUGAUUUCCAUUGUCACCACGCCGCAAAACGCAUCCCGUUUCAAGCCAGUUCUUGCCCGUGCCGCUCCCCAGAUCCAGUUCGUUGAGCUCCAACUUCCAUGUGAAGAAGCAGGUUUGCCAAAAGGGUGUGAGAAUUUUGAUCAGCUUCCUUCACUUGGCCUUGGCGCUAAUAUCUUCAAAGCAGCUAGCUUGUUACAAACGCCGUUGGAGAAACUGUUCGAUCAGCUCACACCGCGACCAAGCUGCAUAAUCUCCGAUGUGUGCUUGCCAUGGACAGCCCACACAGCUAGCAAGUUUCACAUUCCGAGGUUUAUUUUCCUACCAGUAAGUUGCUUCAAUCAAUUGUGCUUUCAGAGUCUUCAGUACUUGACCAACGUUCUUGAGGGCAUAAAUUCCGAGUCAGAUUACUUUGUCUUGCCUGGCUUGCCUGAUCAAAUCGAAUUCACAAAGUCACAGCUACCAGUGGACGUAGAUCCAAAACUAAAAGAAUUUAUGGAACAAAUUUUGGAAGUUGACAUGGCCUCAUAUGGGGUUGUCAUAAACACUUUUGAGGAGCUAGAGCCAGCAUAUGCGGAGAAGUAUAGAAAGGCAAGAAACGGGAAAAUCUGGUGUAUUGGCCCGGUUUCGCUUUGCAACAAAGGAAACUUGGACAAGGUUGAGAGAGGUAAAAAGGCCGCUAUUGAGGAAACACAAUGCUUAAAAUGGCUUGAUUCACAUGAGCCUAAGUCCGUUUUAUACGCCUGCCUUGGGAGUAUUUGUAAUCUAGUACCUGCACAAUUGGUGGAGCUUGGAUUGGGCCUAGAAGCAUCAAAUAAGCCUUUCAUUUGGGUCAUAAGAGAAGGGAAUAUAUCGGAGGAGUUGGAGAAGUGGAUUAGAGAGUAUGGAUUUGAGGAGAGGACCAAGAAGAGAGGCCUGUUGAUCCGGGGUUGGGCGCCCCAGAUGCUGAUAUUGUCGCACCAAGCGGUCGGGGGGUUCUUAACUCAUUGCGGCGGGAACUCGUCGCUGGAGGCGGUAUGCGCCGGUUUGCCAGUCGUCACAUGGCCAAUGUUUGGCGACCAGUUUGUCAAUGAGAAACUCCUUGUGCAUGUGUUGGGAGUUGGUGUAAGAGUUGGAGUGGAGAAAAUGGUGAAUUGGGGUGAGGAGGAGAAGACUGGUGUGUUGGUGAAGUUUGAAAAUGUUAAGGAAGCCAUAGAAAAACUGAUGGAUGGAGAAGAAAAGGAAGAGAGAAGCAAACUGUCUAAAAAGCUCGCCGAAAUGGCGAAGAAAGCUGUAGAAGAAGGUGGAUCUUCUCAUCUUGAUAUCACUGAACUAAUCCAAGAUAUUACGCAACAAGCUAUAGGUUGUGAGAAACCAACCUAAUCCAGCAAUUUUGAAGGAAUGAAUUAAAGUUUUCAUUUCAUAUUUUUCUUGUUAUUUUCUAUCUCUCUGGCUAAAAAAAAAAAAAAAAAGUGUCAAUUAGAUUCAUCUUUCUCAUGCAUAUUUGGUGUAUUUGUUAUUCUUGAUGGGAUUCUUUGUCAAGAAAAAUACUAAAACAGACAAUGUGCUUUUUCACACUGUACUCUCUCUAGUAGUUGGUCUAGCUUUGAGAAUUUCGGGCAUGUUGUCAAAGUAGUCAAUCUGUCGUAUUUUAUUUUGAAAGCUUUUCCAUAAAAAAAAUAAAAGAAAAAAAAUG